AGUCUGUGAGUCUGGCUUAGAAGUACACUUUCUUCUUUCUCCUGGAGCCUCUUGAUUUUUAGUACAUCACUUUAAUGAUUUGACUUUUUGUCGUUGUUGCCAAUUUGUAUCACCCCCGCAAAUACCAAAACCAAACAAGAAAAAAAAAUAAACUGUUCCACGUCUAACCCCCGCUGCAUUCUUCUGUUUGCUACGUUGUGGUUCUGUGCAAGUUGUUUAAACAUAGCGGGGCACUUCUGUAGAACGAAAAAAAGAGUAGUUUUAUUCACAAUUUGAGGCUAAUUAUUGAAUAGAAAAAACAAAUUACCAAUCGCAUCUCUGAAGAAAGGCAGUUGCACAAAGGGAGGGGUGCCGUUUCAUUUUGAGAGGCGUGCUUUUUCUUGUUGCAGGUGUACAGAACGCUGGAGAGGAUUUGUUUUGACACCACCGGAGAAAGGAAAGACAAGGUUAGGCGCGGUUUGCUGUGCUCUGUUGCUUAAUUAAUUAGCUCUCCUCUCUGUGUCACACACACAGACAGCCGCUGGAAACAGCUCGGGAAAGGGAAAGGGAAAAGGUGGCUCUCCCGGAGUCCGUCUGUUUUUAUUUUGUUUGUUUUAUAACUUUUUUUUUUUGGUAAAACGAGGACGCAAAACGGAUCCAUUCUGGAUUACUUUAUUCGAGUCCUAUCUGCCGGUAUGAGGUUAAAGAGGAAUGGCUCCUAUACGCUAAAUAGGAAGUCUAAAACGAAGCCCAAUGGUAAGAAGCCGCCCACAGAGGAAAAGAAGCUCUACCUAGAGACCGAAUACACCAAAGUCAGGGUCACCGAUAUAGACCUGAAGGAGUUGGUCAUGUUACCCCGAGAAAUCGAUCUCAACGAAUGGCUAGCAAGCAAUACAACAACCUUCUUCAAUCUCAUAAACCUACAGUAUAGCACAAUCUCAGAGUUUUGUACUGGGGAGACCUGUCAGGCCAUGUCCGCAUGCAAUACACAAUACUACUGGAACGAUGAGAGGGGAAAGAAAACCAAGUGCACUGCCCCACAGUACGUCGACUUCGUCAUGAGUUUGGUGCAGAAGCUGGUAACAGACGACGACAUCUUUCCAACAAAAUAUGGGAAAGAGUUCCCCAACUCGUUUGAGUCGCUAGUGAAGAAGAUCUGUAGGUACCUGUUCCAUGUGUUGGCACACAUCUACUGGGCACACUUUAAGGAGACGGUGGCGCUGGACCUGCAGGGACACUUAAACACACUCUACGCACAUUUCAUCGUAUUUAUAAGGGAAUUCAACUUGGUGGACCCCAAGGAGACCUCCAUCAUGGACGACCUGAGUGAGGUCCUCUGUAGCAGCUCGGCUGACGCACAGAACCACGUGAAGGAGAGAUGAACCCUCGCACUGCCUUCCUGGUGCUAUGGCGAGGAAUAAAAAACAAGACGAACGAAAAGAACGAUGUGGGACAGUAGUAGCUCUUUUUAAGAAAAAUAAAUUGCAAAAAUCUAAACUAAGACUGAGUAAGAGAACUUUGACCCAUGCAGGGAAACACGAGUGAGCUUUCCCAAGGCAAGCCUGCUGCCCGCCGUUUCAUUAAGAACGAACCACGCAUUUUUUUUUUUUUUACUUUAGGACAUUUGUUCUCUCCUUUUCUCACCCCUUUUCUCUGCCUCAGAUUAGGAUGGUGGUGCUGCGACUUUUAAUGUAUUAUUGUGUAAUAUGUUAUAAAAAAAAAAAAAAAACCUUUUUAAUUUGUAGUGGCUUCUGCUUAAUACCACAGAUGGAGAGGGGGUGAGUUAACGGCCCAUGGGAUGUUGCUGUUGAUUCACACUAUCUCCCAUCGCCUGUGGUAUUCAAGAUUGCAUCUGUCUGAAUGAGGUCUCCUAGUCAGGACCUGGGAGAGGUGAAAGUUUCAGUCCAGCCUGUUGAGAUGAAUUUAACAUUUAGUCAGCUUUUUGUUUUUGUAAUUCAGUUAAAUCAGCUGGUAACCCCUUUUAAUGCAGAUGGUUGAGCCUCAGCUAUGGUGUGUUGAGGCAGGGUUAAAUAAAUAAAUAGAAGAGCCAUUUCAAAAGCUAAAGCCCCUUUUUAAGACUUCGCGGUUGGCAGGGAAAGGGCGUUGUUUUUUUUAAUGUUACUUCACCAUAGCUACUGUUUAGAAAAGAAGCAUGUAUAGGACAAAGACAAAGUGUUGUCUGCAAAUGUGUACAUGUUCCAGUGUUGAGAUUCACUGAAGGUUGAGGACCAUUCUUAGCUUUCUGUUUAGAGUGGCAGACUGUGGCUAAGUUAAAGACCUGCAGAUUGGGAUGUGUGGUCUCUGGAUGAACACGUUUAAUUGACCACACCUGAAUAAGAGGGAGAAAAGAGUAAAAUAUGAAUCAUGGUUGCUGUGCCGGUUUAUUUAAUGCAGAUUUUUUUUUGUCAAGAGACCCCUCCCCAGGAAUUUUAAAUGCCUUUUUUUAUAUAACAAUAAACAUAAUAGUAAAUUUAUUUUUAAAAUAAGUGGAUUAUUUAAAGAGCAGCGUGAAUAAGAUUGGUAGAGACCCUGGCACAAGUGCUGCAUCACAAGAUGAUAGUUGCUGUAGUGUUCUUACCUGCCGAGUCCUGACUCGAGAAUUCUGAAAAGGUGCAGUUGAAUAUUUUUGUAUUAUUAUUAUUUUGACAUUUGCAGGGUUUUCAGUUCUAGCUUUUAUGUUUUAUGUAUUUAAGUUAAAAGCAAUUUAAUAUUUUACGCUCUGUGAAUUAUAAUCUAAUAAAAGAUAAAUGCAA